UUUCCAGCAGUCACUGGACUUCAGCAUGACUACUUCUCAGUUGCUGGCGUAUGUCGCAGUUUUGCUUUUUUACUUCUCAAGAGCCAGCUGCCUAGAUACUUUUGUUGCAGCUGUUUAUGAGCAUGCAGUGAUAUUGCCCAGUACCACCCUAACACCAGUGUCUCGUGAGGAGGCGCUGGCAUUAAUGAAUCGGAAUCUGGACCUUUUGGAAGGCGCGAUCACAUCAGCAGCAGAGCAGGGUGCACAUAUUAUUGUGACUCCAGAAGAUGCUCUUUAUGGCUGGAACUUCAACAGGGAAUCCAUCUACCCAUAUUUGGAGGACAUCCCACACCCUCAAGUAAACUGGAUCCCCUGUGAUAAUCCUAACAGAUUUGGCCACACCCCAGUUCAAGAAAGACUCAGUUGCCUGGCCAAGAACAACUCUAUCUACGUUGUCGCAAAUAUUGGGGACAAGAAGCCAUGCAAUGCCAGUGACCCUCAGUGUCCUCAUGAUGGCCGUUACCAAUACAACACUGAUGUGGCAUUUGAUUCUCAGGGAAAACUGGUGGCACGCUACCAUAAGCAAAACCUUUUCAUGGGUGAAGAGCAAUUUGAUGUACCCAAGGAGCCUGAGGUUGUGACUUUCAAUACCACCUUUGGAAGUUUUGGCAUUUUCACAUGCUUUGAUAUACUCUUCCACGAUCCUGCUGUUACCUUGGUGAAAGAUUUCCACGUAGACACCAUGCUCUUCCCAACAGCUUGGAUGAAUGUUCUGCCACAUUUGUCAGCUGUUGAAUUCCACUCAGCUUGGGCUAUGGGCAUGAGGGUCAAUUUCCUUGCAUCCAACAUACAUUACCCCUCAAUGAAAAUGACAGGAAGUGGCAUCUAUGCACCCAAUUCUCCAAGAGCAUUUCAUUAUGAUAUGAAGACACAAGAGGGAAAACUCCUCCUCUCGCAGCUGGAUUCCCACCCAUCCCAUUCUGUAUCGGUGAAUUGGACGUCUUAUGCCAGCAGUAUAGAAGCGCUCUCAACAGGAAACCAGGAAUUUAAGGGCGUUGUCUUUUUCGAUGAAUUCACCUUCGUGGAGCUCACAGGAGUCACAGGAAAUUACACAGUUUGUCAGAAAGAUCUCUGCUGUCAUCUAAGCUACAAGAUGUCCGAGAAGAGAUCAGAUGAAAUGUAUGCCCUAGGGGCAUUUGAUGGACUGCACACAGUGGAAGGGCGCUAUUAUCUACAGGUUUGUACCCUGCUGAAGUGCAAAAUGACUAGUUUAAACACUUGUGGUGACUCAAUGGAAACAGCUUCUACCAGGUUUGAAAUGUUCUCCCUCAGUGGCACUUUCAGAACCCAGUAUGUCUUUCCUGAGGUGUUGCUGAGUGAAACGAAGCUUGCACCUGGAGAAUUUCAAGUGUCAACUGAUGGACGCUUAUUUAGUCUGAAGCCGACAUCUGGACCCGUCUUAACAGUAACUCUGUUUGGGAGGUUGUAUGAGAAGGACUGGGUAUCAAGUGCUUCAUCAGGCCUCACAGCACAAGCACGAAGAAUCAUGCUAAUAGUUAUAGCACCGACUGUAUACUCAUUAAAUUGGUGAAAUAUUGACAUUUUCUCUUUUUUAUUUGAGAUAAUUAAAAAAUUGAUGGAUGAGAAAAGAAAGAUUGGUCUGGGCUAAUAUUAUUCUGUAGUAUAAGUGAAUUACUGGUUUCUCUUUAUUUAAACAGACACACACACACCAGCUUAAUAAAUUAUCUAUUCACGUA